ACCUUCUGUUGUGUAUGUUACAGGUGCAAUCAGAUUUGCUCUAUGUAACAUUUCUUGUUUCAUUUGGAUUUUUUAUGCACAGAAUUCAUUUCUGUUGGAUUUGUUUGGAAUUCAUAUUUCACUGAAUUUAAUCCUUGGAAGAGCAAAGGAAAAAUAUUAGUAAAAAAUUGACAAUGGCAGAACGUGCUGUGCAGAAACUUUUUUCGAAGAGUGUUGCAGCAAAAAAACUUCUCCAAAGUCAAAAUAGGAAUUGUUAUACGGGUGUAUCUCAAAAUGUGUCAGCUGUUAGACUUAUUGCUGAAGCUGUUGCUGAUCGAACGGACACAGCCCAAAGUGUAGUAGAACCUAAGACACUUGAUGAUUUACCAGGGCCCCGGGGCUACCCCGUAGUGGGGACGGCCCCGGAAUAUUUCAGGAAGGCCAAUAGGGGACAAAUGCACGAAGUACAGAGACGAUUUCACCAAAAAUACGGAAAAAUGUUUAAAGAAAAACUAGGACCUGUUACCAACGUGUCCAUUGCCGAUCCAACUCUUGUAGAAGAACUCAUUCGAAAGGAGGGAAAAUAUCCAUUUCGACCCCCUUACGAUUCAUGGAUUCUGUACAAGAAAAUCCGAAAUCAGAAAGCUGGCAUCAUGUCUGCUGUUGGACCAGAGUGGCACAAAAUGCGCCAGGCAAUAAGUAAACUCACAUUAAGGCCGAAAACGGUGCCAGAAUAUAUAGAUAUCAUGAAUGACGUCUCAGAACUAUUCGUGAACCGAGUGCGAUAUCUCCGAGACAACGAGGGAUCUGUUCACAACCUCCCUUCAGAGCUCAAUAAAUGGGCGUUGGAAAGUACUGCGGGCGUUAUUUUGGAUAAGAAACUAGGUUGCCUAGAAAACGAUGUUGAGCCAAGAAUAGCCGAUUUCAUCAAUGCUAUUGGAAACAUGUUCUUGACAGGUCAUCAAUUGAUGGUUUUUGCAGACGUUCACAAAAAACUCAACACCAAACCAUGGAGAACUCACGUGAAAUCCUGGGAUACCAUUUACUCAGUUGCCACACAGUUGUUUGAAAACAAAAUUGCAGAAAUACAAAAUGCUUUGAAGAACGGUGAAUUGGAAAAAGAAAACGCUGUGGGUUUCUUGCAACACAUGAUUUCACAUACAAAACUAAGCAUGGACGAGAUCCAUGUCAAUACAACUGAACUUCUACUAGCAGGAGUUGACACAGUUUCAAAGGCCCUUGGUUUCAGCUUUUAUCUUCUUGCAAAAAAUCCAAAUGCCCAGGCCAGAUUGCAACACGAAGUCGAUACAGUGUGCAAAGGAAAACCAUGCACCUCUGAAAAUCUCCAAAACAUGCCAUUUUUAAGGGCAGUUGUGAAAGAAAGCUUAAGAAUGUAUCCUGUUAUACCAAUCAACGCCAGAGUAAUGCAAGAAGACACAGUUAUAAAUGGGCACCUUAUUCCCAAAAAUACUUGUAUUUUAUUAAAUGGGUAUACCAUGGGUUACAAUGAAAUGUAUUUUCCGGAGCCAGAAAACUUCAAACCAGAACGAUGGUUGAGAGAUUCUGAUAAUAAACAGCAUCCUUUUGCCAUGCUGCCCUUCGGAUUCGGCAACAGAAUGUGUGCUGGUAGAAGAAUCGCUGAACAAGAAUUGUUCCUCACCUUGAUAAAAACAGCACAGUCAUUUUGGAUGGAAUCCACGGGAGAAGAACUUAAAACGACAUUACGGACAGUUAUCACUCCUGUCGACCAAAUUCCUGUUCAAUUUGUUGACCGAUAAGUGGAAGAAUCCGAACAAAUUUGAACAAAAAACAUCUUGUUCCAGUAUCGAGGACACUUUCGAAAUCCAGAAAGAAAUCUAGUUCUUUUAAAGAUUCACUAGUUUUCUUACCUUAUCCCCCCUGAGGUGACAGUUCUAGCACACGUGACUGUAACGUGUUGAUGUGAUUACCAGACAGGAGUAAUGUUUGAGCAUGUCGUGGUCGGACUGUAAAUAACCUCAAAUGAGCAGACUUCAAGGGUGCUUCUUUUUUACGUGAUAGACUCGGAUCAGACGGGUACUGAUGUGUUGUUUAUGUUAUGUUUCACGUGAUCGUCUUCAUUUACUUUUGAACAAUGCAAAGUUCAUCUGAGAUCUCUCACAAAUAUUCAUUAUGUUGUCUUUAUGACACUGUAUCAUUUCAUGUACAUUGUAUGUAAAUCUUCAUUUAUUUAUUAGACGAUUCUCUUCAAACGAGUCAGAGCUCCAUUAUAAAGAUGUGACUUGAUAUUUUAAAAGACGAUGUGAACAUCAAGGUACCA